AUGGUCGGUUUUUCGGUACAAACACUAGCAGAACUGGAAUUUGCCACCAGUAUCAUCGGUAGCCGAGAACUUGUUACGGCUGCCUCAGUGAUGUUAGCAGUUGGAGCAUUUGCAUUGGUAACGGCUCCUCUUGGUCUACUUGCAGCCAUGGCCACAUAUUCGCCGGUCACCCUGACGUACGCGAUCCUGAUGUUCUUUAUAUGCCUCCUGAGCAUCGUUGGCUGCUGCUUCGGUUUCCGCUUACAUAAGGAGAUCGAUUCCGGAGUAAUUCUAGAAUGGAUGAACUCAAGUUUGCAGGCUGAAUACGGUAAUCCCUUCGCAAAUGAUCUGACUCUAGCAUGGGAUCAGUUACACGAAAAGUAUGCUUGUUGUGGGAUCACCGAUCAGACUAGCACCACAGACUGGUUGAACUCCUACUGGUUCAUUACCUACGACAGGUGGGUACGGUUGUACAGUCGAGAGGGGCCAGUAGGUACUGUUGUUGUCAAUUCGUCGAAGUUGGGCUCUGAGCUUAAAUCCGAGAUAUCGUACCCUUUCAUCUCCGAGCCCCUGGCUGAGCAUUAUGUCAAGCGACAGUCAUGGAACUCGCUCCAGACGAAAUUACUACUACAACAACAGCACAUCGACUUCUACCCCUCAAAAAAACUGUUCCCCUCAACAGCUGUAGAAAUUCCAGAUGGCCGAGGCCGCGGGUACCAACGAGCUGUUGUUCGACAUGCGAAACAAAGGGCUGCUAUGAACCGCUGCAUGAGGAUUUGCAGUACUACUCAAAGGGAACGAUAUUGGUCUCGUCUUUGA